ACGCGCAACCCCUGAGUAAAACGCAACUCAAGCCUAAGGCAUCAAAGCCAGCUUCAAAAUAAAUAAAAAGCAUCGAAACGCAACGCAUUCAAUUAAAAAGAACAUCGCGAAUGCAACGCGACUUCAAUUACCGGCAACAAGUGAAACGUGUUGAGUUGAGUGCUUCUAAAUCUGAAAAAAAGAAAGAAAAUAAUAUAUAUAUACAAUUUAAAUCAACUUUUACGUCCCUGAGGAAAAGGACAAACGUAUAAAAAAAAAAAAAUCAAUCAUAAUAUUGCUAGUUAAAGCCUGCGAAAAGGGCACGUUGCGCAUACGCCGCGUGGGCGUAGCUUUUUUUCUCAUAUGUUCGCCACUUGAAACAAUUUGGCCUUGUCGUGUUGAUUUUUACUGUGAUAUAAAACAACUUGUGAAUUUUUACUGCCCCUGUGAGUGGGUGUGUUUCCGAGUGUGUGUGUGUGUGUGUAUAGAACUCAGGCAGAAAGGAAUCGAAUUGCGCCGCGCUUUGCGGUACUGCGGAACCGCAGCAACAUGUCAUUUGAUAUUGCCAUUGCCGAUCAGAUGCGUAUCGCAUUAAACUAUGUCAAGUUCAAGACAAAACAACAGCGCCUUCGGAGCAAGGAUAAGGUCAUUGCGGAAACGGUCUACGGCAAGGUGAAGGGCGUCAAAUGGCGCUCGAUCUAUGGCAACAAUUACUACAGCUUUGAGGGCAUACCCUUUGCCAAGCCGCCGUUGGGGGAGUUGCGUUUCAAGGCGCCCGUCGAGCCCGAUCCUUGGACCGACGUGAAACGUUGCACUCGCGUGCGAACAAAGCCCUGCCAGAUGAAUCUGGUGUUGAAGCAUGUGCAGGGUAGCGAAGAUUGUCUGUACUUAAAUUUAUAUACACGAGAGCUACAUCCACAAAAGCCGCUGCCCGUUCUCGUCUGGAUCUAUGGCGGUGGCUUUCAAAUGGGCGAAGCAUCCCGUGACCUCUACAGUCCCGACUAUUUUAUGAUGGAGCAUGUGGUGCUGGUGACCAUAUCCUAUCGGCUGGGCGUGCUCGGCUUUCUUACGCUCGACGAUGAGCAGCUGGAUGUGCCUGGAAAUGCAGGUCUCAAGGAUCAAGUACUCGCCCUGCGCUGGGUCAAGCACAAUUGUCACUUUUUUGGCGGUGAUCCCGAUAACAUAACGGUAAUUGGCGAGAGUGCUGGUGCCGCCUCCACACACUACAUGAUGCUCACGGAGCAGACAAGGAAUCUCUUUCACAAAGCAGUGCUAAUGUCAGGAUGUGCUCUAUCGCCCUGGUCCAUAACGCCCAAAUACAACUGGGCCUAUCGCUUGGCACAGGCGACGGGCUUUACGGGUGAGCCGAAUGAUCGGGAGAUCCUGAACCAUCUGCGUCAGAGCAAGGCAAGCAACAUGUUGCGCAUGGCGGAUGAUAUUAUCACCAUGGAGGAGCGUCAUCAGCGCAAGGUGAUGUUUAGCUUUGCGCCCACCGUUGAGCCGUACAACUCGGAGCAUUGUGUGAUACCCAAGCCACCGAUUGAAAUGAUGCGCAACUGUUGGGGCAACGAUAUACCCAUGGUGGUCGGUGGUAACUCCUUCGAGGGACUACUCGUCUUUCCAGAGGUGCGCAAGUGGCCAGAACUGCUCUGCGAUCUGGGCGAUUGCGAGUAUCUGUCGCCCGAGGAUGCCGGCCUGACUGCGGAUCAGAGGCGCGCCUUUGGUAAACAGCUAAAAGCCACCUACUUUGGAGAUAAGCAACCUGGUCGGGACACUAUACUUGAAUACAGCGAUCUCUGCUCCUACAAAUACUUCUGGCACGGGAUCCAUCGCACACUGCUGUCGAGGAGUCUGAAUGCGGCCAAUGCGCCCACAUUUCUGUAUCGUUUCGAUUUCGACUCGGAGCAUUUCAAUAUAAUGCGAAUUAUUACAUGUGGCCGCAAGGUGCGUGGCACUUGCCAUGCGGAUGAUUUAUCCUAUUUGUUCUACAAUGCGGCAGCCAAAAAGCUAAAGCAUCGCACGGCCGAGUUCAAGACGAUACGACGACUGGUUUCCAUGGUGGUGCAGUUUGCCGCAAACGGUGAUCCCAGCAUACCGCUCGUCACGCACCUGGGAAUUGGGAAUGGGGACGUGCAGCCUCAGCCGCAGCCGCAACUGCUGCAGACACAAACACAAACACAAACAAAGGAGCAGAUCUGGCUGCCCAUAUCCCGGCAGGAUGUGGUGUUCAAGUGCUUGAAUAUUUCACAAGAUGUUCAGGUGAUUGACUUGCCAGAGGCUGAAAAGCUACGGCUCUGGGACAGCAUGUAUGCCGACAAGCAACUUUUGUACUAGGCUAACAUAUGUAUACUUUUCUGGCUCCUUGCUCCUGGCCCUUUGCCAUUUAAUAUUUACUUUAGCUUUAAGCCGUGGCCCUGAGUUGGCUCUAAAUGCACAGCCCACAUGUAAAUCUGUUUUCGCAGGCAUCAAAUGUACAUGUGUAAAUACAGAUUUUUUUUUAUAGCAAAGCUAUUAAAAGUAAAGAAAAGCAUACAAAAACACAUACACACAAGCACACACAUGAGCACAUACAGGAGCACACACAUGAGUGUGUGUGCACACAGGUUACGCUAUUUAUAAAAUGGUUAUCUAAUGGCAAUAUUAUGUAAAUGGAAGUCAGUCAAAUUUAAAAUGAAUAAGCCAUCAUCAAUAUAUAUUUUUAUAGCAAAAUUAUUUUUUAAUACAUAUUUAACUAACAUAUAUAAAUAGAAAUGUAAGUUUAUAUUAUCUACAAUUGCUAAGGUGUUUCGGUAAAUUUCGUUAAUAUUAGUUUGUAGUAAUUACAAAUAAAACAUAUGUAUACACUUAUAUACAGGCAUAUAAAUAUA